UAUAAACCAUUUUCAUUUUAUGAACAAGAAGAAAAACCGUUUUCAUUCGUGUUUCGAUUCAACUUUCACUAAAAAGUACAUUUUUUGCAAGAACUAAAAUUUUCAAGAUUGUAAUUAUCUCCUCAGUCGUGAAUAUAGUCUCUAUCCCAUUAAAAUUUCAGUCAUAAAUUUAAUUGAAACAAUUGAACUGUAUUGUUAAUAUUUGGAAGUAAUGAGUUAUUUUUCUAAAGAAAAAAGAAAACUCUGGACUGCGCACACUUGUCCUUAGUUUGGACGGAAUUCCUGCGACUGACUUCACAAGCUCGAUUUGUACUCUUGAAUCCAAAAAUAAAAAAGAAAAGAGGAAAAGCCUCCCGACAAAUAAAUCCGGUUCUCUUCCUCGGUGACAAAAAGAAGAAAGCAAAAUCUUUUGUUAAAAAGAAUGGCAGACAAUCAAGAUUUACCUGAGGCAACUGUUCAAAACAUACUGGACCAAGAGAGCCUGAAGUGGGUUUUUGUUGGUGGCAAAGGAGGUGUGGGUAAGACCACUUGUAGUUCGAUUAUUUCGAUCCUCUUGGCUCGGGUCCGAUCCUCUGUCUUGAUUAUUUCCACGGAUCCUGCUCAUAAUCUCAGCGAUGCUUUUCAACAAAGAUUCACAAAGACUCCCACUUUGGUCAAUGGCUUCAACAAUUUAUACGCCAUGGAGGUGGAUCCUACUGUGGAAAAUGAAGAUGUGGCUGGGCCUGAAGGAAUGGAUAAUUUAUUUUCGGAGUUGGCAAAUGCAAUUCCAGGAAUUGAUGAGGCAAUGAGCUUUGCAGAGAUGCUUAAAUUGGUGCAAACAAUGGAUUAUUCUUGCAUUGUAUUUGAUACUGCCCCAACCGGACAUACACUUCGGCUUUUACAGUUUCCAGCUACCUUAGAGAAGGGACUUGCAAAAAUGGUGUCAUUGAAAAACAAAUUUGGCGGCUUAUUGAGUCAGAUGACCCGUCUUUUUGGGGUUGAUGAUGAAUUUGGGGAGGAUGCACUUUUGGGGAGGCUUGAAAGCAUGAAAGAGGUGAUUGAACAAGUUAAUAUGCAGUUCAAAGACCCAGACUUGACAACCUUUGUCUGUGUUUGCAUUCCAGAGUUCCUCUCUCUCUAUGAAACAGAGAGACUGGUCCAGGAACUCACCAAGUUUGAGAUAGAUACACAUAAUAUUAUCAUUAACCAAGUAAUUUUUGAUGAUGAAGAUUUUCAGUCCAAGUUAUUAAAAGCAAGAAUGCGGAUGCAACAAAAGUAUCUUGAUCAGUUUUACAUGUUAUAUGAUGACUUUUACAUCACUAAGCUGCCACUGCUGCCAGAAGAGGUUACCGGAGUUGAAGCUCUGAAAGCAUUUUCAAGUCAUUUUCUUUCUCCAUAUCAACCUUCCAUCACUAGAGGAACAGUAGAAGAACUAGAGCGAAAAGUAUCCACGUUAAAGCAACACUUAUCAGUCGCUGAAGCUGAACUCGAGAAACUUCUAAAAGGAAAUUAAACAGUCUGAUUACCGUCUAUGACUUCGGAUGGCCUUUUUCCACUUGGCCAUUCAUUCUGGCCGCAUAUGAUAUUAUUGUGCGGCAUCCUCUCUCAUUAGACCGAAAGAGAAUUUAGCGUCUAUUUUGUUGCUGCAUGAUGUUGCAUAGCAUGAUUUAUUUUAGAAAAUUUUUUUACUUUCGCAAUUGACCUGCAUAAGCUGUUGCCAUAUUAAUGUUAUGAAGGCGUUCUUUUACCUUUUUUUUUAACGAGUGGCAUCACUAAGCUUUUGACCAUGGACAAUUUCUGUUAUCAUAAUAAAUUUUCCUAUUUCCAUUUCCCUUUUGCAUGGCAGUGGGGAACAAAUUUGAUAUGCUUACAAGUAAUAGAUUAUGUGUACAGAUUCUUCUUGAACAUCCUCUGUUGUGAUUGAGUUUAUUUCCUUGGUAACUGACUACUGAGAUUGCUGUUGAUGGCCCCUCACAAGCCACCAAAUUACAAGUCAGUGAAAAGAUCCAUCGUGGAUAGAAAAAAAUUGACAAAAUAUCAAGGUUUAAUAGUAGCCUGCACGUUGGCCGAGUUGGUCUAAGGUGCCAGAGUAAGAUUCUAGUCUGAAUCCCAUACGAGGAAUCCUGAGCAGUGAGCACUUAAUAAACGAACUCUGAAUACAAUGAAAUUAAAGAUUUGGUUUUAAUACUUCAACACCUGGCAUAGAAUUCCUAUCAAUAAAGUUCAUAUUUCGUUUUUUCUCUUGAAAUG